UGAGUUAGAGCCCUCCAACAAUCCUUAACCCUAUCAAAGGUGUAUGGGGUGUGAGGGAAGUGGAAGCAUAGGAAGGCAUGGAGGAGAGUUUGUGAUGUAAAAGAGUUGGGGGCUGAGGAUAUGGAAUUUCAAGAUCUCACACCCUGAACCUCAUCUCUGGUAAACCCCUUGCAAGGCCAGAGUUUUCUAGAAUUGGGCAUAGCUGCUACCUCCUUACUAAAUGAAGCCUGCCUGUCGGCCCGAGUCCGGAGCCCCACCUCCACGCUGCACCUGUGUUGGAGAAAGUUCGGCAUGGGGGCUUCACGCCUAAAAGCCCACAGCUUAGGUUUCUCUGCUGCCAAGGCCGCUAGCUCAGGCCUUGACGCUGGCGCUUUAAGACGCUUUGACCCCGCGGCAUCCAGGCGGGGCGGGGACAGUGCAGGAGCCAUCAGCGGAGGCACUGCGCGGGAGGUAGUGCUAGGUGUCCUGCCCACCAUGCUGACUGCGCUCGCCCCGCUAGCCCUUCCUGGGCUCUCAAAGCGGCUGCCUGCCCCACCGGGGCGUCAGGACUCGUCCGGUUCGUCCGGCUCCUACCACACAGCUCCGGGUUCUCCGGAGCCCCCGGACGUUGGGCCGGACACAGAAGGCCAGGGGACUUGGCUCUGGGUGGCUCCUGGGCGGGGGGCGGGCGCGCAGCCUGUCCUGUCCGUCAGCGCCCAGAAUAGCCGCCAGCAGCGCGGCUCCGGCUCGGGUUUCCCGCGAGGCCCGGGCUCCGGCCCGCCGCCGCCCCGGCCCCAGCUGCGCAUGCUGCCGUCGGGGGAGAUGGAAGUCAUCUUCGGCGCCGGGCCUCUGUUCAGCCGCUCCGACGCGGAGGAUCUGCAGGAGCAACAGCUCAUGGCGCCUACCUUCAGCAGUCCCCUGCUGCCCGGGCCAGCGUCUCCUGCCUCUGUCUCGUCGCAGCCGCAGGUCCCCGACAGGGGUUCUCGCUGGGCCACCUACCUGGAGCUGCCGCCCCGCGAGCCGAGUCCUGCAGUCUCAGGCCAGUACGAGUGUGUGGAGGUAGCCCUGGAGGAGCACAGCGCGCCCGUUAGACCCCGCACCGUACCGAAACGUCAGAUCGAGCUGCGUCCGCGGCCUCGAAGUCCCUCGCAGGACAGUCGCGCGCCGCGUCCCCGACUGCUCCUGCGCACGGGCUCCCUGGACGAGUCUCUGAGCCGUUUGCAGGCCGCCGCGGGCAUCGUGCAGACGGCGCUGGCCAGAAAACUGGGCUCUGCGGUCCCAGCCCCCAGCAACGUCACUUUUAAGUCUACCGCCAAGCCAGAAUCCACGACGAACUCUCAGGAGACGGCAGGCAGCACUCGUGCGCUCCUGGAAGAGGCUAAGUCUCGGCCACCCCGCGCGCACGAUAAUUCUGCCUCUGCCAGAGCCCCGCGGCCUUGGCCUAGCCUCCGAGAGCGAGCGAUUCGGCGGGACAAGCCGGCGCCCGGGACCGAGCCUCUGGGUCCAGUUAGUUCCAGCAUCUUUCUGCAGUCAGAGGAGAAACCUCAUCAGGCUUACAAACAGGAAUCCAAGACCCAGUUUCCCCAUGAGACUCCCGAUCGAACCGUGCCGAGGGCAAGGAGUCCUCCUUCCCAUUCUAGAGGUUCCCGGGUGGUUCCCAGUAGGGUUGUGAGGCCGAGGAGCCCCUCUCCCCCGCAGCAGGCUCCAAAUGGGGCCGUGCGGAGUCCUCGCUGCCCGUCUACCCAGAACCCUCCACAACCUCCUAAGAUUGUUUGGAGACCGAGUAGCCCGGCCUUCCCUGGCGGCGCAUCUUCUGCGGGGGAAAAUAGGAAUGCCUCCGUCGAGGAAGUCGUCAGCGGAAGGACCCCUUCCCCACCACCACUUCCCCAGUGGACUCAGGGUGUCGCUAGAGUUGGGAGCCCAAGUCCUGAAGCUCCUCUUGUGUGGAAGGUUCCGAAUUCGAGAGGCGGGGAUGCAGUAGGGCUGAGUAGGGACCCGUCGCUGCCAGCCCUGCUCCCACGGGAGGCACCUUAUCCUAUUGAAACGCGUAGCCCAUCGCCCGGAGAGACUUGGAGUCCUGUUGUGCAGGGUGCAUCGACAGCACUGCGUCAGGAAGCUAUGAACGGUCUAACCCAGGAGCUGGAGCCGCCUACACCGUCAGCACCCGCGACUCCAGAGCUCACAGAGACGCUGUGUCUGCUCUCACUGGAAAAUGCGGGUAUCGCCGUCAGAGGCAGUCAGCGGUCUCCAGAUGUGGAUACACCGGAACAGCCCCGAAGUCACCUCACAAGCACUCUGGACGACGAUGUGUGCCCAGAAGCCUUGGUCUCGGGAGAAGCGGCUCCUGGACGCCCGCGCGUGACCAUUCCGCGGCCGCGAGACGUGCGCAAGAUGGUUAAGACUACUUACGCGCCAAGCUUCCCUGCAGGGACCCCAGGCUCCGGGCUUCCUGCGUUUCCUGCGGACACCUGCGGGGAGGACGGUGAUGAAUCCAAAACGCACAAGUUCCCGGCACUUGAGUCGCCCGCCCCGGCUCAUUACACUUCCAUUUUUCUCAAGGACUUUCUGCCUGUGGUACCUCAUCCCUACGAGUCACCAGAGCCUUCACUCCAUGCAACCCCUAAGGAUGCCUCCCAGUCCAGCGGGGUCCCGAGGCGGAGGGCAGAGAACAGCACCGCGAAGCCUUUCGCUCGCAGUGAGAUACGCUUGCCUGGCGCUCUAGCCUUCGGCAAGCGGCGGGAGAAAACCCCGAGUGUCCAAAGACGCGGUCCUGGAGGAGAAAACCCGGAUGCUGAGGCCCAGCGCCUGGUCCCGGACCCUGAGGGUCGGACCAGCCCUUUAGGAGACGCUCGCACCUCAACCCAGUGUUCCCCUUUAGAGUCGACAGGGACCCGACCACCUCGCCCGGGCUCCCCGCAGGCGUGUCCAAACUCGAGCCUUAGGGCAGCGCCCGAGUUGGAGACACCGCUUGUGGCUCCUGCAACUGCGGUCCAGGCACCCCUACUUCCCGAUCCUCCGGCGACGACGGCCAAGGCCGCUACACCCUUCCCGCGAGCUGCUUCUGCGCCUCCCACCGACCGGCUCCUCCCUGCAUCCUCCCUGGGGCGGAGGCCUCCGGGAGCCGCGCCCGCGGGGAAGGUCCUCGUAGACCCGGAGAGCGGCCGGUACUACUUUGUGGAGGCGCCGAGGCAGCCGAGGCUGCGACUACUCUUCGAUCCCGAGAGCGGGCAGUACGUGGAAGUACUGCUGCCACCCUCGCCCUCUCCCUCCCGGCAGCCACGCCAGCCCUAUGCCCCGCUGGCCCUAGGGCCGGGCCUCUACCCACCCGCCUAUGGGCCUAUCUCUGGUCCAUCAUUGUCGCCUCUGUCCCCCAACCUGCCAGCCCUUGGUAGUCCCCAGUUACCUUGGGCUCCUGAGGCUGGACCCCUGGAGGGAAUGUAUUACAUGCCCUUGAGCGGGACCCCUAGUCCGGCACCACCAAUGCUCUUCUGUGUCCCACCCUCCAGUUCUGGUCCCAUCCAGUCCAGCAAGGGUUCUGUGUUUCCUUUGUGAAGCCUCAGCCCUUAUUCCCAUGGGUUCCCUAGAAGGCAUUGGAAGUUCCAGAUCCCAGUCUCUUUAACUUUUUUCUCCCAUCAAUUCUUUGGCCAGUUCCAGCCAGUCACCACACCAAAAAUGGCCUUAAGAGAAUGAAUCUGCUACCUGGGCUAAUAGUGAUGGAGCAUCAUUAGCAAAUGGCUGUCUGCCUACCCCUUGGCCCCAACAAAAAUCUGUAUCCCUUCCCCAGACCUUCCCAGGGUGUGGUGUAUUUGUGUAUGUGUUUAUGUAGGCAAGCAAGUCUGUCAAAAUGAGAAGCCAGUCUAGGAGGUGUUGGGGUUUCCCAGAAUAGCAGGUGUGGGAGCAGCAGGACCCGGGCUCCCUGGGUCAACUGUUUGUAUCGCCCUAACACUGGGUCCAGUUGAGUGGAGCCCGACAGUGGGUGCUGCUGAGAUGGAAGGGAUAGGGACAGCCAUCAAAUCUGGAUGUGUGCUUUGUCCUGGGAGCCUAUGGGAGAACCCAGUGUGGGCCCCAGGGCAGCUUGUGGAAGCCAAUGAGAGCUACGAGGACAGUAGCUGGAGAUGAGGUAAUGGAUGUCGUUUAAGGAGAUGUGGAGGAUCAGCGUGGAUUGGAGGUGAGAGAAGAUGGUGAAAUGGCCCAGGGCUGCUGUAGAGACAGCCAAUGGGACAAGCAGCUCCUGGACAGAGAAGCGGCAGGAGGGGCUAGGAAAUGAGGAAGGGGAGGAAGAUGGCUUUUUGGGUUUUCUGUGGCUAGGGGUGACUAGGGACAAGUAGUGAAUUAAAGAAUCUCAAGUGGUCAGCAAAUGUUUCUCUUGUUUGCCCAUUUCUGGAGUUGAGAGGGCAGGGAGAGCAAGAAUCCAGAAAAAGAAGUUACUUUAGUUUUGGGAAUUGUUGUUUAACCAAAAUGGAGGAGCUUCAUAAAAUGGUGUGACAGCUGGUCAGUCCUUUGAUCCCAGCACUCUGAAGGCAGUGACAGGUGGAUCUCUGUGAGGUCAAGGCCAGCCUACAGAGGGAGUUCCAGGACAGUCAGGGCUUCCCAGAGAAAUCCUGGCUCAAAAACAACAAAUGAACAAAGACUUGACUACAGCUAACAGCACACAGCAGGGAACCUAGCCCAUCUUCUGUAGACCCUGGGAGCUGAGCUGACUGAUCUUGAAGCUUUCAUUGACCCCAAGUAAGUUAAUCACCAGGAUGACAAUAGGGGGGAAGGCCAUUAUCAAGCUGGUGAGUUAGAGCUGGCAAGAGGAAGGGUGUUCCUAUAUGGAGUAGGCCAAGGGUCCCUGACCCUUUAGCUGGUUCCAUUCUCCAUGUUCCUCUAGGAACAGAGGCAACAGAGCCCACACAGGGACUGGUCCUUCUGGCUGCUCGCAGCACAGGAAAGACCCUAAACCUGCGCUCUAGCUGCUCUGAGCCUGGGGUAGACAGGGCCAGAGACCAGUCUCCGUGAGGUGGGAGGUGGUCUCUGUCACUUGGAGCCUUGCUGGAGGGGUGUUUGACAGGAGGUGGUUGGGAAGGAAAGUCCCCACAAGAAGCAAUGCCGGGUAGGCAGUUGAUAGCUUUCUGGUUUCGAGCCUGUGUAGCUAAGAUCCCUUGGAGCUUCUGUCAACCUUGCCUUAAACUGGAAAUUGAUUACCAUACACUGUCAGAAUGACCUCAACAUCUCUGGUCCCAGUGACAUGGAGGGACCAGGCCCACCCCUAGAGUGUAUCAUCUCACCCUGGUGUGCAAUAAAUGGCUGACCAUGGAGAGUUAUGGUGGCCGAAAUGACAA